CCAAGUUUCAAACAUGAACAACUCCACUCAUCAUCAUCAACUAAUCACCUCUUAUUUGCUCUUAAUAAUCUUGGUUGUUGUUGCUCUUUCUUUUUCUGUUUCUUUCGGAGCAUUAUUGUCUUCCAUAAUCGAUGAUGAUCCAACACCGAAUUCCGCAGAUUUCAUAACCUGCCUCCAAUCCAACUCCAACAACGUCACCUCCAUUUCAGAACUCAUUUUCACCCCAUCAAAUGCUUCUUUCCUACCCAUUUGGGGAGCCAGAGUCAACAACCUUCGAUUCAAUCAUUCCGGCACUCCUAAACCCUCAAUCAUCGUCACUCCCAUCCACGAAACCCAGGUCCGUACGGUUCUUUUAUGCACAAAAGAACACGGAUACGAACUCAGAAUCAGGAGCGGGGGCCACGACUUCGAGGCCCUUUCGUCCACUGCUGACGUUCCUUUUGUGAUGCUUGAUCUCAACAGAAUGAGAGAUAUCGAUGUCGAUGUCGCAAACAGAACCGCAUUCAUCCAGACCGGUGCUGUCCUUGGUGAACUAUAUUAUGCUAUUACUAACAAGACCGAUACUCUGUAUUUUCCGGCUGGUCUUUGCCCGACAGUCGGUGUUACGGGCUUCUUGAGCGGUGGUGGCUAUGGAAACCUCCUCAGAAAGUACGGCACUGGUGCCGAUAAUGUAUUGGAUGUUCGGUUCAUGGAUGUGAAUGGAAAUAUACUUGACAGGAAGUCGAUGGGCGAAGAUUUGUUUUGGGCGAUUCGUGGUGGCGGUGCUUCCAGUUUCGGAAUUGUACUUAGUUGGAAACUGAGGUUGGUUGCGGUACCCGAAAUAGUUACUGUCUUUUUGGUUAAUAAAACUUUAGAAGAAGGCGGCUCGGAGAUCUUUUAUAAGUAUCAAACGGUUGUACCAAAUAUUGACCGGAAUUUGCAAAUAAGAGCUCAGAUUCGUAGUGAAAGUAUUGGCAAUAGUACGGACAGAAGGGUGCGGUUUCUUUUCGAUGGGGUUUAUUUAGGGACUACUGACACGUUGCUCCCGUUGCUGGAGAAGAAUUUCCCCGAGCUCAACGUGACGCGAGAAAUAUGCGAAGAAGGGAGAAUGGUCCAGUCGACGCUUUUAUUUGGAGGAUAUGCACGAAACACCUCAACCGAGCUUCUUGCAUCCCGAACGCCUGCGUUUCGGCUCAACAGCAAAAGCAAAUCAGACUAUGUACGGACGCCCAUUCCGAGAAGUGGGCUGAAACAGAUCUGGAAAAUGGUGAGCGAAAAUGACGGAUCGGAGUUAUUGAUCAUGUAUCCUUUUGGUGGAAGGAUGAAUGACUUGUCAGACACCGCGAUUCCGUACCCUCAUAGAGCCGGGGUGUUGUACCAGUUUCAUCAGCUGGUUAAUUUCAACAGUGAAACCUCAGACACAACACCAACAGCACUAAGACGUAUAAACUGGAUGAUACGGUUCCAUAACAAAAUAGAAAGGUAUGUGUCAAAGAACCCAAGGGAGGCGUAUUCGAACUACAAUGAUCUUGAUUUGGGUGUUGGAAGUGCUACUUAUGAGGAAGCAAGUGUUUGGGGCGAGAGGUACUGGAAGAGAAGCAACUUUAAGAAGUUGAUUCGUAUCAAAGCCAUAGUUGAUCCGGAGAAUUUCUUUAGACACCCACAAAGUAUCCCGGUCUUCUCAAGAUACCAAUCAGACAUGUGAUCUAGCUAAUUGAAGUGCAUUUGGUCAUUGUUUUCCUUUUUGUGCCUUUUUAGGAAAUUACUAGCUACUUAGUGCUGAUUACUAUGUAAGAACAUGAAAAAGCCUGUUUAAUUAAGAAGCAAUAAAUUACUAAUGAAUUUUCUUCUUUAA